AUGGAAUCGAUGGAAGAGUUUGACCGAGAGUGCCCCAUGAUGAAGACGUUUUGCCAGCUGGUUUCGGAGGACGAGUUUGAGGAGCAAGCCCUGUCCUACACCGAGCGGGCCCUACUGGACCUGUUUCACACCAUGGACCAGAACCCAGAGCUGUACGAGCGCGUGAUCCGGAAGAGGAAACAGGGCGAGCUGGAGAAGGCCAGUGUCGGCUCCUGUUUAAAGGCAAAGUUCUUCACCGCAGUGGAGGGCCAGAUGAACCGCUGCAACGCUGUGGGGGCUGCCGAGCUGAGACAAAGGGUGGGGCAUCUCAAGGAGGAGAUGAAGAAGGUGCAGGCCUACGCUCAAGAAGCGAAAUGUGCAGCGAAGAGAACCUCAAAGCGUUUGGCUGAAAGGAGACAGAAAACCCCAGGUGAUUGUGAUGAAGAGCAAGCGCCACCCCUCUGCGUGGGGCCUCCCCCUUCAGCCCCGCCCCCUCCUCCACCUCUACCCCCCAGCACUGCGCUGCCCGAGGCACAGACUCCUCUGAAGGAUAGGACCAAUCACAGGAAGAGUGGGUUUCAGAUGGCUGCAACCCCUGAUCUGUUGAACAGUUAUGGGCUGUCGAGACUAGACCGACGCAGCAGGAGCUCAGUGGACCUGAGAGCUCUCUCAGAACCUGAACCCGAGAGUUCUUCCAAUCCGCACCACAACAUCCAGUACGAGCUGCUGGCGAGCAUCCCUCUGAAGAGACUCCAUGCCACUGGGAUUGUGAGAUCCCCAGGCGGCACUCCAUUGAAUACCCCCAGAAAGAGCCAGCCGAAGAGCGGAGAGGAGAGUUCCCCAGCCUCCGCGUUCAACACAGCGCUGAUCACCAAGUUCCGCAACGCUGUGAGUCCGACGGGAACGUCGUCACUCGACUCUCCAGAGCGCAGCGACAGCGACACAGACAGCUCGGGGUUCGCCACGCCCCACGGGACUCCGUGACGAGCCCGGG